CUCUUCUACUUCGGAGAUAGGAACUCUGAACGUCCCCAAUGAUUUCCACCGAGACGCAGCCCAGCUUCUCCAUGACGCCGUGCAGGCCAUGUGCUGCUGCCGCCGCAUAGGGGGGCGGCUGCACCGUGCACUGUCGGCAGUUGGUACAGGCCGUGACACCACCCGCCGGGAGAUAGUGGUCGAGGGCAUCGCCUCGCCGUUGUCAUGGUCUGCGACUUCGCCGAGGUUGCCGCCUGCGCGUGCAGGUUGCGGUCCUCGGGCGCUCUGCGCCGGAGGACGUCGGCAUGCUGCGCAUCGGAAAUCGAGGCCGAGCAGAGCGUCGAGGGGGCGCCAACGCACCGCGUGCUGAGGAGCGCCGAGCGGUUGACGGCGAGCGUCACCGCGCCACACGUCGGGGCUGCCGUUGCCCUGCGCGUCUCCGCGUGAUGGAGGCUGGGAGUCGGGGUCAAGCGCCUGAGGGCCCGCCACCGUUUCCGACGCCAGAGGCCAAGCCGGUGGUGCCGGUGCUCCAGUCCAUCAUGGGGCCGAGGCCAGACGAAGCCGAUGCCGUCGUCAUUGACGUUCUUGAUGGCCUGAUGGCGACAAGCGCCACCACCAAGUCCAGAGACGAUGGGUAUCGCUCUCAAAGAGGCAGUUAGAAAUUGAGAGAUUUCUGUCGUGACCCUGCACGGGGCGAGGCUGCCGCUUGGAAGCGCUUGCGCCGGGCUGAUGGCCGCCGCGGUAGCGGGCGCCACCACGCCAAACCGAGGGCUGCGGUGGUUGAACUCGCGAGCGAGCGAGGUCGUAGCCAGGCGCUGAUAGAAUCGCUCCGCCGGGAGCGUGCUGAUAACGUGUUUAGAAUUGAGAUCGAGAGAGACAACAAAUAAUUCCAGUGUUUUUUAUUCAUCAUGGAUGUACACUUAUAUACAAGGGAAACGGAUGCGUCCAUGGGACGCGACGGUUCAAUGAGGCGUCUCCCCGAGAGGCAACUGCCAAUAUGGGAAGCGGGGAUUAUCCCUUAAUAACCACUGGGUUAUUAUUUUCAACAAAGAGCAUCUUCAAUCGGAUCUUCCA